AUGAGCGCACCCACAACGCCUCGCAGGACGCGCAAUGUAUCGGUGGACUCGCCGUCGAACACGCCGGUGCGCUCGCCAGCGCGGGCCGGGACACCUGCUGCGAUCGCGCGGACGAAGGCGCCGGGAACGACAGCCAGUCCACAGAUCAAAGCCGCCCUCGCAGCUCUGCGCGCGAAGCGUCAGCCGACUUCUUCGUCUUCCAACAUCGCCGCUUCCUCGCCUUCAGCAGACUCUGACGCGCCUGUCACGCCGGCGAGGGGUAGCAACAGGAUGUCUCAGGCUGGUAGCUAUGAGGAGCGAGCGAAGGACGAGGGUUCGAUGGAACGGGCGGACCUCUCGCUCGAAUGGGCUGUCAAGGGUGAGGGCAAACUGAUAGAGGACGCGAAGCGGACAGGCCGCUUGACUCUCGCCUCACGCUCCCUUUCCGCCGUUCCUCCUUCAGUCUACUCUGCCCUCCUCCCGCGCUCUUCCAUCUUUCACCCCUCAAACCGACAACCCUCACACUUCCGCCGCGCACCAGCUGUCGACUUCACCAUCACUCGCGCCGAGGACGAGGGGCGAGGCCCGGCGAGGUGGUUCGAGCAGGAAGAGUUGCGGUCGCUCAACCUUUCGAACAACGAGAUUGACCGGUUGAGCGAGGAGAUUGGCGGCUUCGAGGAGCUGGAGUUCUUGGAUCUACACGGCAACUUACUGUCCAGCCUUCCCUCCUCGAUCGGCUACCUCGAAAACCUGACCUCCCUCUCACUCGCUGCGAACGGCCUCUCGGCCUUCCCGCUCUCUCUUCUCAACCUUCGGAACCUGCGCGACCUCUCGCUUGCCUCGAACAAAAUCACGACUCUCUGGCCCGUCGAUUGGCGAGAUGCCCUUGAUAAUGCUCUGAAGCCGCCCGAAGCGAGUCCGAGCGCGACGCCCGAGGCGGUGGAGAAGAAGGCCACGCCGUUCGCCCUCCCAUCUCUACCUGACAACUUCCCGAAACCCUCAUGCGCUCCGUUCCCGCGCCUCACCUCGCUUUCGCUCUCCGGCAACCCACUCAGCCACUCGACCUUCCUCGGAGACGGCUUCGAACUCCCGCCUCGCCUCGUCAAUCUCGAACUCGCGUCCUGCGGAUUGACCGACUCAGCCCUGCCGCCCUCCGUCUUCGGCUCGUUGUCCGACCUCAAGAACCUCGAUUUGUCCCGCAACGAAUUGAGCGACGAGCUCUUCUCGACCUCCCUCUUUCCCGACGACUCUGCCUCUCGUCUCUUCCCCUCGCUCGAAUCCUUCGACCUCUCGCUCUGCCCGAUCGACUCGCUUGAGACGAUCGAAGAUAUCUUCACCCGCCGACUCCGUCGCCCAAUCAACUACGUCGGUCUCGCGAAAGUCGUCGAUAACCUGAUCAAGAACGAGGAGCGCAAGAACAGCGGGAGAAGGAUUGGCGUUCCUACGGACUUGCCUGAGGCAGAGGAGGAAGGACGCGAAGUGCAGGUGUUCGUGCGCGAGUGCAUGUUGAGGCUUGAGCAGGGGAGGCGGAGGGCGAAGUUCCCGCCUACAGAGACGAGCAUGGCGAGGGACCGCGAAAGGGUGGAGCCGGACAAGCCACCUACACAUGACACCAAGAAGCCGACACCAACGCCUCGCGCACGGCCUUCCUCACCCUCUCCACCUCCGACGCCUUCGCCUGCCGCACCCUUACCGACAGCCGCCGCUCCUGCGCCUGGGACGCCAUCCACCCCCUCGCGCCGCCGCCCCGUCACGCUCGAAGACUGGGAAGUUGAAGCUGCGGCUGGACUGUCCACCCCAGCUGGCCGACGCAAGGCUGCUGCGCUUGCGGCGAAGGAGAAGGAAGAGCGGUUGAUCCGUGAGAGGGAGGAGGUUGAGCGCCGAGCGAGGGAUAAGGUCGAGGCGGCUAGGCAGGCGAAGGAGGAAGAGAUGCGAAGAGCGAGGGAAAACCAGGAGGCGGAGGUGAUGGUCCGAAAGAUGGGGGAGGUCAAGCUUGACGGAUCAGUCGAGGCAGACAAGGCAGAGUCGGAGGGAGAGACGCCUGAGGGAUUGCCACCGCCUUACUCGCCGCGGUCACCUUCACCUGCUCGAACAUCUGCUCGCCAAGCGUCCCCGCCGGCGCUUCCAUCAGCCGCAUUGGAGGUCGAGGCAGACGCGCAUGACGAAGCCGUCGCUCUCGUCGCCUCCGUCUACGCAUCCGCGCAGGGGAAGACGACUGUCAAUCUUGCGUCUCGCUCGCUCUCUUGCCUCCCUACGCCUACAUCCGGAUCGCCGCCGCCAGCGCUCACUUCGGCAACUCACCUCGACCUCUGCCGCAACCUUUUGACCUCCCUUCCUCUCCGCUCGCUUGAGACAUGGGGCUGGAACCGGUCGCUCCGCGUUCUCAACCUAUCCUGCAGCCGAAUCGCCGCGCUCGAACUCCUCUCGACCUCGCUCGGACAAUCGACCGCCUUCUUCCCCGCCCUCGACACGCUCGAUCUCGCAAGCAACUACCUCCCCUCGACCAUCUCUUCACCUUACGUCGAUAGUGGCGAGUCUCAACCCCUCUUGUCGACCAUCGCCUCUCUCGCACCUUCGCUCUCCACCCUCUCGCUCCGCCAGAACCGCCUCACCUCGCUCACCGGCAUCUCCGCACUUCUCCUCCCCUCUUCGUCAGGCGCAAGGGGACUCAAGACGCUCGAUCUCGGCGAGAACAAGAUUGACGAUUUGGGCGAGUUGUGCGAAGUUGCGGAGCGGGUUGAGCGCGAGGGCAAGAAUGGGUGGAGGUGCGAGGAGUUUGACCUGAGCAUGAACGAGGUCAAGCAGCUCCCGCCAACUCUCGGCCUCCUCCCUCACUCGCUCGUCAUCCACCUCCAAGGCAACGUCUUCCGCUUCCCGAAGCGCGAGGUGUACGAGAACGCUGGCGCGAGGCAGGUCUUGCCGUGGCUGAGGGAGAGGCUUGGGCGGUGA